GUCAUCGCCAGCAGACACACAUACCCACCCACAUACACAUACAACAAAAUGUGUCGUGUCCAGUCACUCCCCGAGCCCCAUGUAUGUGUCAGUAAUGCAUCGUCACAUGACAUCACAUCGAUCCACCGACCAACACAGCUCAUACAGAGAAGUCGUCUUCCUCCUCCUCUUCUGGCACCUCUGCCUCCGUGAUGGCGAUGGCCGCCAGCACCACGACAAGACCGGCGAGCUCCACUACGGUCAAGCCCAUAAUGAUGUACUCAAUGAACUUGGUGAGCGCCCCCAGAGGGCUGAACGUCUCCCACCACUCCUCGACGUCAUCACGCCACUGCAGUGCGCACACAUAACGCAACAUACAUACAUACACUGGAGUGACUGACUCUCCAUGCACACACGGAUGCACCUACCUACGUACCUGUCGUAAGCGCUCCCCGAUGCUCAUCCGCAUAUCGAAAAGAAAGAAGAAUCGGUUGAACAGAAAGCGCCGCCAUGGCUGCCGACUGCUCCCCUUGCCGCGCCGCACUCUCGGCCCGCUGUAGCUGUCGCCCUCCCCCUCAUCGUCAGCCGACUCACCGAGCGUGAAGCCCCUCUCAGGCACGCCAACCUGCGUGGCUCCCACGGGUGUCAAUGCACCAUCAGCAGGAGAGGCCGGUACCGCCAUCUUGGGCCUCUUGGGAGGCUUCGGCAACCCCGGGGCGUCGCUUCGCUUCUGGAUCUUCCAUGGUUUGUCAGAGAAGAACCGCCGAUGGUCUGCAAAGCUCUUCACUGCCGACGCGUGUCGUUCGGGAGGCGGGGUGAGAGAGAAUGGUUGACGGGAAGGGCGGCAGGAGCUGAAAGGGGCGCGUUGCGCACUGGAUAAGACCGCAGGGGUCGCCACAGCGGGCCUGCCGUGGCUCUGAAGGACAAGACCCGCUCUUCGAGCAGCAAGCAUCCUUCAUCAGUCAGCAGAGAUGGAUCAUCACAGAAUCAUAGUGUGUGUUUUUGACAGCGAGAGAGAGCGG